UUGAAUAUUGUCCAUGAAACAAUAGUUUUUAUCCAUUAUUUUAGAAAACUUAUACCCAGUAUUCCUAAUUGGCUGUAAUUUAGUCUGUUCUUGUUUCUGUUUCUCAAGUUGAAAAUAAUUCUUGACAAAAUAUGCCUAAGGCACCACCAUCUCCACAUUCUCCAGUUUCAAGUUUCAAAUUAUGGAUGCGUGGAAUGAUUUCAUCCAAGAGCAAUACUGGCCAAGCUUUAGCAAUGCAAGAUGUCAAUGCUGGAACCAAAGUUGAUGACAAGCAUCACUACUCCAGUAAAAGUUACAGCUCUAAGCUUAUCUUCAACCUACAUGAUUUGUGGACAUCAGAGCAGCUCUGUGAUGUUGAACUCAAAGCUGGCUCCUACUCUGUCAAGGCACACAGAUGCGUGCUGGCAGCAGCCAGUUCCUACUUCCAAGCAAUGUUUACAAGUGACCUGAUGGAGCAGAAGCAGCAAGUUGUGGCACUACCGACGCUCAAGCCCCACAUACUGGCGGCUCUCCUCACCUUUAUUUAUACUGGUAAUGUAGAGGUGACUGCUGAGACAGUACAAGACCUGCUGGUGGCAGCAGACAUGUUGCAGAUGCCUGAUGUGGUUGUGACGUCAUCCAACUUCCUUUUGAAGCAACUUACUCCUGCUAAUGCCAUUGGCUGCUACAGGUUUGCAGAAGGGCACCACCUUGAUGCUCUGGCACAGAGUGUGUGGCAGUUCCUAGAGCAGAAUUUCCCUGAAGUGGCUCAGGAGGAAGAGUUUCUAGACCUGCCCAUUGAACUCCUGCUGCGCCUCCUGCUGUCGGAGCUGCUCAAUAUCUCUGCUGAGCAUCAGGUCCUGAGUGCCGCCGUGCGCUGGUUGAGUCACAUGCACACAGAGCGUGCAGAAUAUGCCAGCCAAGUGUUGCGAUGUGUCCGCUUCCCUUUGUUGUCCACAAGUGUUCUGGCAGAGACGGUGUCACAGUGCAGUAGUGACGCCGUUGACGCCAUCAAGUGUUUCCUGAAGUCGCCCCCCGCAGCGGCAGAGGGAGGCGCCGCCUUCUGUAUCGCCCGUCCGCGUCUCCGCGCCCGCAAGAAAAUAUACGUGAUGGGCGGCGCCAGGCGGGAGCUGGAGAGCCCCCACAGACGCUCUGAGCACUUGCUGUAUACUGGACUGUGUCUCGACACGUACACGCAGGUAUACUGGACUGUGUCUCGACACGUACACGCAGACCGUCUUUGUUCCUCAAUACAGACGGUCUUCGUGCCUUUGUACAGACGGUCUGCGUGCCUUGAUACAGACGGUCGUCUUGCCUCUAUGCAGACGGAGGACGAGUGGUCGGCCAUUACGCCGAUGGUGGUGCCCCGCUGCGAGUUCGGGCUCUGCGCCCACGACGGUUUCCUGUACGCCUUCGGGGGGUGGGUGGGUGAGGGCGUCGGAGGCACCAUAGAGCGCUACGACCCCAACGCUAACACCUGGGCAGAGACAGACAACCUCCUCAUACCCCGGUUCAGGUGGGUGAUGGGAACCAUAUUGGUUCAGCUGGGUGAUGGGAACCGUCUCGGUUCAGGUCAGUACUUCGAGGUCCUGCUCACAGUCGAGCGAUACUCCUUCCAAGAGGUCAGUACUUCGAGGUCCUGCUCACAGUCGAGCGAUACUCCUUCCAAGAGGUCAGUACUUCGAUUUCCUGCAAACGGUCGAGCAAUACUCCUUCCAAGAGGUCAGUACUUCGAGGUCCUGCUCACGGUCGAGCGAUACUCCUUCCAAGAGGACAAGUGGCAGGCGAUGUGCGACAUGACCGUGGCCCGCGCCAGUCCCGCCAUCGGAGCUGCCAACAACUUACUCUACGUCAUCGGCGGCGACAUGUCGAGUGGCCGCGGCACCAGCGACUUCUUCCGUACCCAGGUUACGAUACAGUCGGUUGAAGUGUACAACCCGCACUCAAAUACCUGGAGCGACCACCCGCCUCUACCUGAGAGUCGCUCCGAAGCAGCAGCUGCGGUCAUCUGAGCGUUAUGGAUACGAGUACAGUUAUUAGUGGGGCGUGGAUACGAGUGCCGUUAUUAGUGGGGCGUGUAUACGAGUGCAGUUAUUAUUGAGGCAUGGAUACGAGUGCAGUUAUUAGUGAGGCAUGGAUACGAGUGUAGUUAUUACUUAUUAGUGUGGCGUGGAUACGAGUGCAGUUAUUGUGAAUGGACGUACACACAGGUGGAAUGAGAGGAGUGAAGACAAAUGUUUUAUGUGGGAUGGGGAGAAACUGUGGAGCACUUGUUGUGAACAGUCUGUGCUGGAGGCGAUUUAAAGUGAGGGAGGUGAGAUUAACGAAGUGGGGUAAGAGAGAAUAAGCGAAGAGUGGAUGGCAAUGAUUGUGGGUCUGUCUGAGGGAGCAACUGCGG